UGGAACUGGCUGACAAAUAAAACUGCAGAACAUAAAAAUAUUUAAUUAAAUAAAACGAUUAUUUGUAGUAUUAUGGAUCGAGAAGAAGGCGCCGUGAAGGAAGAGAAGAAGAUAAGCUCUGAAGACGCCACGCUUCCCAAUACAUAUAACCAUUUCUGACGUCAUCUCCUAUCUCUAAUCAAUAUAUAAACUUGCCGAUUCCUCUUCAUCACAUUCUCAAAACUUUUAAUCGAAGCAACAAAAAAAAAAAAAAAGCAGAGCUAUGGAUGCAAACCAGCGUAUCGCGAGAAUCUCUGCUCAUCUCAACCCUCCCAAUCUCGAUCAGAUUGGUUCCGGGUCGGGUCUUGAAGGGGUGGGUUGCCGGGCGAAAGGCGGGUCUCCAGGAUUCAAAGUGGCGAUACUGGGAGCAGCGGGAGGGAUAGGGCAGCCUCUGGCGAUGUUAAUGAAGAUGAAUCCGUUGGUGUCGCUUCUUCAUCUCUACGACGUUGCUAAUGCUCCUGGUGUCACCGCCGAUAUUAGUCACAUGGACACUAGUGCCAUCGUUCGUGGAUUUCUCGGUCAGUCGCAAUUAGAGGAAGCACUUACGGGUAUGGAUCUAGUGAUCAUACCAGCUGGUGUUCCGAGGAAGCCAGGGAUGACGAGGGAUGAUCUUUUCAAAAUCAACGCUGGCAUUGUGAGGACACUCUCUGAAGCUAUAGCCAAGUGCUGUCCCAAAGCGAUUGUGAAUAUCAUCAGUAAUCCUGUGAACUCUACCGUGCCAAUCGCAGCUGAGGUUUUCAAGAAAGCUGGCACUUUUGAUCCAAAGAAACUCAUGGGAGUCACCAUGCUUGAUGUUGUUAGAGCUAAUACUUUUGUGGCGGAAGUAAUGAGUCUUGAUCCUCGAGAAGUUGAUGUUCCAGUCGUUGGAGGACACGCAGGAGUUACAAUCUUGCCUCUGCUUUCUCAGGUGAAACCUCCUUGCUCUUUCACUCAAAAUGAGAUUGAAUAUCUCACAGACCGUAUCCAAAAUGGUGGCACUGAAGUUGUCGAGGCAAAAGCUGGUGCAGGUUCUGCAACACUAUCCAUGGCUUACGCAGCAGUGAAGUUUGCAGAUGCUUGCCUCAAGGGUCUACGUGGCGAUGCAAACAUCGUCGAGUGUGCAUUUGUGGCAUCUCAUGUGACUGAGCUUCCCUUCUUCGCAUCAAAGGUGCGUCUAGGAAGAUGUGGGGUCGAUGAAGUGUACGGUCUCGGACCAUUGAAUGAAUACGAGAGGAUGGGACUGGAGAAGGCAAAGAAAGAGCUUGAAGGGAGUAUUGCGAAAGGUGUUACCUUUGUGAAGAAGUAAAGACCGUUGACAAACACUUAGUUUUAUCUUUCGAAUAGUGAUUUGUUUGGAAUAAGAACAAUGCCUCGCAAUAAAAGCUCAUGCGAGUAGUCUGAUUUUGAAGAUUUAAUAAACUGCAGUCACUCUGUUCUUAGAUACAAGAAUGUUUAUGAGUUCAUAUUCUUAUCUUCUUGGUAUGUUUCUUCAAAUAUGUGUUUUUUUUUACU